AUGGCUAUUCAAAAAGGCGAGACUUUGAGAAAACGGUAAGAAGUGUGAGAUUUUUUCUGAGUAUCUUGGGUUUUUUGGGGAGAAAAAAGAGUAAAGCAAUUAUUUUUUGGGAAGAAAAAGGAUUUUUGUGGCAUUGGGAAAACUCUGAAGGACAAUAGAGCCAAGGAAGAGGACAAUUUAGGCCGAGAGAUAAUGGAUGAAAAGAUUUUUUAAAAUUUUUUCGCAUUUUUCGUAGAAAAAUUUUGUUAGAAAAUUAAAAAAUUUCCUAGAAAUUAAUAACGUUGUAAGCUCCAAGAGGCUCUGUAGCCAAAAAAGUAGAAUUUUUUUUGUCUGACCAGCUCUCCUCAUUUUACGUGCUCUCUCUCUAGAAAAGGCCGUCUCUAGUCAGGGUAAUACACUCCAUUUCAAAAUGAUAGACACGCCUAUAAAAUUUUCAAUUGCGGUGUCGGGGUUCAGUUGACGGAUACGAAACCUUAACAGGUUGAGAGAGGAGGUUUGAAAACCUACACCUACAAAUAAAUUUUCUCAUUGCACUGUAAUUGCACUUUACACAAAAGAUUUUCCGAAUUUUGGGUGUUUCAAAAUGAUAGACACGGUUGCUAUUUUUGCUAAAAACUUGGGAAUAUGGGCCCCAUAGUGCCUGAAAUUCUUAGUAUGACUGUAUUGCAACGGUCUGGACUUUACUGAGCUCAAAAAGCCCAAAUUUUUAUGCAAUUGUCCCGGAAUUGCACAUAUACCUCCAUUUGGUGCAAUCUGGCCUGCAUCUGUCAGAAGUCCACUUUCCGUGGGCACAGACAGUGCAGAUGCGACCAAUGGUAUGUAAUGGAGUAGAUCCAGUCAGUUUUCACCAGUAUGCAACACAAAAAUGCGUGGAAAUUGCAACGAAAACUGAUUCCGCAGCGAAAGUCGUCACUUCUAAAGCUUCUCAAGCAGGUGCCUGUGGUUUGCACAACCAAAAAAGCUCUGAACUAUCUUGAAAAACCACAUACAAACGUUAUUACAUAAUCUAUAUGUCCAGGUUCAGUCGGGCCAACGCCAGAAAACGUCAAGUUUCCAAAAAGCCCUUUUUGACCCAUUUUUAAGCCUACUUUGCACAGAUUCACAAAAGAAUGGUGCACUGCGGACCUGCUGAAGCAAUGCUGCAGAUGCUACCGUGCUAAACGUAUUUACAAAAACCUAAACAUUCCAGCCUAGAAGUUUUUCUUCGCAUCUACCUUGUUUCGAAACGUAGGGUAGCCUUCAAAGCUGACUAUGUCGCAGCGGAAGCAGUUUUUGUUGCAAAUGCCACGCAUUUUUUUGUCGCAUACUGGGGAAAACUGACUGGAUCUACUCCACUACAUACCAUAGGUCGCAUCUGCACUGUCUGUGCCCAUGGAAAGUGGACUUCUGACAGAUGCAGGCCAGAUUGCACAAAAUGGAGGUAUAUGUGCAAUUCCGGGACAAUUGCAUAAAAAUUUGGGCUUUUUGAGCUCAGUAAAGUCCAGACCGUUGCAAUACAGUCAUACUAAGAAUUUCAGGCCCUAUGGGGCCCAUAUUCCCAAGUUUUUAGCAAAAAUAGCAACCGUGUCUAUCAUUUUGAAACACCCAAAAUUCGGAAAAUCUUUUGUGUAAAGUGCAAUUACAGUGCAAUGAGAAAAUUUAUUUGUAGGUGUAGGUUUUCAAACCUCCUCUCUCAACCUGUUAAGGUUUCGUAUCCGUCAACUGAACCCCGACACCGCAAUCGAAAAUUUUAUAGGCGUGUCUAUCAUUUUGAAAUGGAGUGUAUCUCGGCAACGCGAGCAAAGAGCGAAUUAAGAUUUUGAGACAUUCAUUUGCCUUUAAUGUAGACCAUCUAUCCCAAAUUUCAAGAAAAUCGAAAGAAUUUUGCAGGGGAAGUACUCCAAGUGCGACGCUCAGAUUUUCUUGAAAUUUUGCACACACGUUGAGUAUGGACAAAUAUCAAUUCCUGAAAGUUUUAGCUCGCGCUUUGCGGGCGCCGCCGAGAUAUCGAAAGAUUUUUGCCGCCGAGAGAGCACGCUAAACGUGUAGAGCGGUCAGAGAGAAAAACGCUUUUGGCCAUAACUUUGACAGUUUCGUGCGGAAAAAUUUGAUUUUUUGUGGAAAUAUUACUCUCUACGGUAGAAAUAUACUGCCCGACAAUUAAAAGUGAAGUCUCGAUUCUGAGCCCGAUAUUGCCCUGAGGCACAAGGUAUUCCCCCAGGCCUCUUCGGUACCCUACGCCGAUACAGAGUGCCAAUUUUCAUACAUGUGCACUUAAAACGCACUGUGCAACGGGCGAUUGAAAAAUUUUUGGGCGACAAUUAAAAGUGAAGUUUUUAAUUUUUGGACUUACCUGACCUUUUGAGAGAUCUGUUGGGACGGAAACCGUGCAGAGACAUAGUCAAGGUUACAGUGAAGAGCCCUAGACACAAUUUACGAAAAUUGUUCCGAAUUUUAUGGUACCAUUUCCCGGCAUCAAGACGCGGGGUUUAGGUGCCACAAAACAGGGCCUUUAGGCACUAUUUGUUGUAAGACUGGUAAUUUUAUGAUGCUGAGUGCAUUUGCUGACUAUCUUUAAACAAAUAAUGCUGCGAGUUUGUCAAAUUUUGGCCCGCUUCAAAGCGUGCUUAUCGACAACGGUACUAGUCAAGGAGAAUAUCGAUGCAAUUUCGAAAGAUGAGAUGCAAAAUCAGCGCAAAUUUUGUCUUGUACUUUUCGAUUACCCUCUUAGCAGCUAAAAGCAGCGUUGUUUACUUGGAGGUGCGUACAUACCCCGUUUUACGAUACACUUUACUUAACUUGGUAUAUACGCAUUUUUCGCAUAACUCGAUGCAGCGAAAUUGAAAUUAAUGAUGUUGUUUUUGACUAAUUUAUAUCCAGAAAAAUCAUGUGAAGGGGUUUUGGGCCAUUAAAACCCAAACCAUGGCGUUACACUUCGGUUAUGGACGGUAAAUUUCAGCAACUUUAGGAAACCGUUGUGAUACCCGCUAUUGUUGUCUCUAAAAGGAGCGAUAACAUAAAAAGUAAAGGUUUAUAGGAAAGAAGGAUGUCUAUCCACCCCGAUCCUACUAUCAAACCGAGAGGGGUACUGGUUCCUGCUACGGUAUAAGUCAAAAUAGGCACCUAGCCGUUAUCCAUAUCAACAAGAACGCUUUGAAGCGCACCAAAACUUGACAUACUCGCAGCAUUGUUUGGACGAACAAUGUCACAAGAUGCACUCAGCAUCAUAAAAUUACCAGUCUUACAACAAAUAGUGCCUACAGGCCCCGUUUUGUGGCACCUAAACCCCGCGUCUUGAUGCCGGGAAAUGGUACCAUAAAAUUCGGACAAUUUUCGUAAAUUGUGUCUAGGGCUCUUCAUUGUAACCUUGACUAUGUCUCUGCACGGUUUCCGUCCCAACAGAUCCCUCAAAAGGUCAGGUAAGUCCAAAAAUUAAAAACUUCACUUUUAAUUGUCGCCCAAAAAUUUUUCAAUCGCCCGUUGCACAGUGCGUUUUAAGUGCACAUGUAUGAAAAUUGGCACUCUGUAUCGGCGUAGGGUACCGAAGAAGCCUGGGGGAACAUCUUGUGCCUCAGGGCAAUAUCGGGCUCAGAAUCGAGACUUCACUUUUAAUUGUCGGGCAGUAUAGGCAUGAAACUUUUCGUGCCGAAAUUCGACAAAAAGUCCUAAAUUUUGGCCGACUUUUGUUCUAAAAAUCUCGGUUGUUUCUGCAAAGCGCGAGCUAGGAUCCUCGCAUAUAUCAUAGAAAAAGUUGUUCUAAAUUUGUGCCAAGUUUCAUCAAAAUCUGAGCGUCGCACUUGGAGUACUUCCCCUGUUAAUUUUGGGGUACCCACAGAAAAUUUUUUUUCAUCGACCGACUAGAAAAAACUGAGCAUUUAUUUUGACCUUUUAAAAAUUAAUUUUUCUUAUAAAAAUGAGCUAUGCUAAUUUUAGAGACGUGAAAACAAUGACCAGGUCGACAACUCGUCCCUUAACCACGGUUCGACCUCAAAAAUCGCCAAAACUGGAGCACAAACAGGUCCGAUUCCAUCCGAAUCUCCCAAAACAUGAGAGAAAAUCCUGGACGAGCAUUUUUAACCACAGUUAUGUCAUCUCCGUACCUCUGGCUUCCCUAUUUUUAUACCUUUUUCAGCAUUAUUUGUAAGUUUGGUUUUUAAAAUACGGACAAUUCUGAUUUUCGUAGAGAUCUCAAAAAAAAAUAUUUUUUAUUGUUACAGACGAUUUCUCGACAUGGACAAACGGGUUUACAAUCAUGUUCCGGGUGAAUGCAGCUUCGUGGGGGGCUUGGAAAAAGGCGCGGUGGACCUGGCAUGGCUGAAUAAUGAAACGGUCAUUAUUUCCACAGGUAAGCAACUUUUGAGCGAUAGAAAAAACGUUAAAUAUACGGUCAAGUCCCUAUGCAGCGAAUCGCAACAGACCAAUAAAUUCAUUCGUUAUAGAAAUGCUUUAUUUUAUGAAGUUCACUUUUUUAUAAAAUUGAGACUUGGGGCCGCUGAAAUUGUUUUUUACAGAGAGUUUUUGUUAUAGAGAAAUUCCUUGUACAAGCAUUUCACUAUAGGAUAUAGCAUACUACAAGUACGACGCUCAGAUUUUGAUGAAAGCCGGUACAAAUUUAACAAGGAAAGUACUUUUAUGGGGGCUCCUACUUUUUGACGGGACAUAUCUCAAAAAAUCAGAAAAAAUGUGCUGAUCAGGGAUAUAUAAAUGUUAGCUGCCCAUUUUAGGUUUUUAGGGGUGAAAACUCAGUUGGAAGUUGACUUAAAGUCCUUUAUGAACCCCUUUUCGCCUAAUUUUUCACAGGUUUACAAUUUUUAUUUUGGCUUAAAAUGAUGUUUGUUGAGUUUCUAAAACGUAAUAAAUCAGUCUUGGCACAAAAAUUUUUUUUUCCGACCUUCAUCUUCAAAAAAAGUUGAUUCGGCCCAAAAGUGAUGUCGAACCCGUGCGGCAUUCCCCCUCUUGAUUCCUAGACUACGGCACUAGCCACUCGGCCACACCGCUCUCUUCCGAAGGAAGAGACCGACUGCGCUUUUUAUCGUUUCGAAUGCCUGCGCCUUUUGUAGGGAAAUUAAGCUAGUUUUUGGGCAUUUUCACCCAUAAAAACCUAAAAUGGGCAGCUAAGAUUUAUAUAUCUUUGAUCAGCACAUUUUUUCUGAUUUUUUGAGAUAUGUCCCGUCAAAAAGUAGGAGCCCCCAUAAAAGUACUUGUAAGAUAAUUUUUAUAUGAUAUAUGCGUGAUUCCUGGCUCGCGCUUUGCAGAAACCACCGAGAUUUCGUUCCUCACCGCGUUCCGCCGUUUGCGUAUUCUGUCGGCCGUAAAAAUCGUUCAAUAUCUCGGCUGCGCCUGCAAAGCGCAAGCUCAAACUUUCAGGAGUUGAUAUGAGGCAUAUGAGUUCAAAAUUAGAAACUCAGGGUACUUCCUUUGUUAAUAGAGCUUUCAUAAUUGUGUUUCAAAAUAAAUUCCUAUGAAGAGACUUCAUAAUAAAAAACUUCAGGAUCAGAUCUCAAUAACGCUUCGAACGCUACAGCCGGAGCGCUCUCAGUUUGGCGGGUUAAUGAUGGAAUGGCAAAUGAAUUGUCGUUUUCCGGAAAAACCCCUCCAACCUUCAAUCCAUAUGGAAUAUCGGUGUUUGCUUCGACGGUAUUUGUAAUCAACAGUCGGCGAGGGAGAGUGGAAACGGAUUCUGUGGAAGUCUUGGAGAUAAAAGAUGGGAGGUUGCGGAGGAAACGGAAACCAGUGGCGUCAAAGCAUUUUACGAGGUGAGAUAGGGGAGAUCUUAAUGUUUAAACUUUGUUAAGCUGUUCUGUUAACAGAAAUUUGUAAUAAUCUAGUUAUGAAAACAACUGUAAAGCUUGAUUUACAGGGUGUUUCAAGAAAUACGACUGAAACUUUUUGUGAAUAUCUUUGUGGUCUUUGCAGCUAUCCAAGAAGUUUAAAUUGAUUUUAAAAUUCGACGACGGGCGAUUUGAGAAUAUGAAAAAGAAUUUUUUCUUGCAUCGGCGGAGAGACCAACUUUCGGCGGAGACAUUUGACGUCUUUUUUGGAAAUUACGUCUCGUUACAAAGCCCAGAAAGCUCACCUACAGAUGAAAUUAGGCUUGUUCCAUUUGGUAGGAUUUGACUUUUAAGUUUCGCUAGAUUUUCGGAUGUUUCAAACAUCGGCGAAGGCCCAGCGGAGACUUUUUUUACCGACGGAGUCCGUCUUCAGGACUCUCAUUAACGCUAAAAGGUUAUCAGUUUCAAUAAUCUCCCCUUUCUUUUAGCUUAGUGAAUGUGGUCGGCCUAAGCUCCACCGAGUUCUACGCAUCCAACCAGUACAUCUAUCGUAACCCUUAUAUGCAAUGGAUCGAAUUUGGAGGCCACUUCAAAUCUGGGGCUGUCUAUUACUUUGAUGGAAGGUUGAUUCAUCCUGCAAUAAAGAAAUUAAAACAGCCAGCUGGAAUGGCGAGGGAUGGAAAGUAAGUUGGCAAAAAAAAUUUGGUUCUUUUUGCUAUGAUGACAUUUGUAAUCAUGUUUUUUCAGCAAGCUCUAUGUCGCUGAAUUUGGAGGGAAUGCCAUUCAAAUCUACGAUAUCAACGACUUCAAAACGCCGCGUCAUCUUGAGGUAAGGGAAAUAAAAUUAAAAUGAACACAUAUAAAGGUGGCCACAGAAGUUCUCGGCUUUUAUUUUUGCUGUUAGUUGCAAAAAUGGGUUGAAAUUGAUUUUGAAAAAUCAGUAGACACUUUAAUUUUCGUCCUGCGGCGAUUUUACACAGUCUGCAGCGGGUUUUUCCCAAAUUUUUGAGCUUUUUUGGCAACGAAGUGUAAAAUCCAGCGCCGACAUUUUUUUACUGAAUUUCGACAAACAGCAAAAAUAAAAGUCGAGGACUUACAAUGACGACGUCCCGCAAGGUGGUUGCUCGCAAGUGUCGCGACUUCUAUAAAAGUGCUUUGUUAUUUACAUGAAGCUGAACUUUAUCCUCGGAAAUCUCGCGUUGGUGGACCUGAUCCAGUGGCAAAAAACGUACUAUUUUGCAUCCUGAAAGUAUCAAAAAUGCAGCAAAAUACUUCCCUUUCCAAAUAAAAAAAUUCCGUUUUGAAGGGUACGCCCUAUCAUUUGCAAAAAGAUUUUGAAAUUGGAGCCUUUUCUCUUGGGGAGAAUUGUAUAUUUUGCUACAUUUCCGUCACUUCCCGGAUGCAAAAUGGUACGUUCUCCGCCACUGGAUCAGGUCCACCAUUGUAUGUGACCAUCUUUAUAUCGAUCCAUAAAAAGCCUUAUUCUUAUUUGGAGCAAAAAUAAAAUCCUUUUACAGACGAUCAAUCUGCUCUCCGCGCCAUUCUCCAUCGCCAUGGAGCUGCGUCAAAGCGCGCUGACAGUCUCAACUCAUCCGCUGAAACUUCGAUUUCUCGCCUUUCAAGCUUAUCCCGAAGAAUUUCUCUCUCCGAGCAAUGUGAUCCGAGUAAAGCAACGGAAGAACAAGACCUGGCAAUUCACUCAGUUUUACUGCAAUGACGGCGCCACAAUACGAGGAGUGGUCACGGCCAUGAGAAUACCCGACAAUCGGAUUGUAAUGGGAAAUGUGAAUAGGGGAUUGUUGAAGUGCCAAUUGAACCUAACUUAA